CUAAAGGAAUUCGACGAGCAGCCCGUGUGUUUUGUGUCUCCUCCAGGCUGUUCGCUGACCAUAGUUUUGAGUCCUCUCCAUUUACAGAGACGAUAUUUAUGCACGACGUCAUCAGUGCAGCUAUAGCCUCUCCUCGCCUCUUCACUCUGAAGUUCACCAUCCAGUCCUCUAUGUGCACAGGGCAGGAUGGGAUGCUCCACCAGUUCCCAAACUUCAGCGGUAGAUACGACUCGACCCAGUGCUAAGCCCGAGGAGAGCAACGGAGCCAGCACAACAGGGGCAGCCAAUGAGAAUGGGAAAGUAGCUGAGGACAGUGAAACUAUUCCGGACCAGACGCCUGCUCAUGGCGGCGAUGCUAAGCCUGCAGACGAACCUGCUGUAGCUGCGACAUCUGCGGACAGCACCGCUGCAGCUCCACCUGCAGGGGAGGAGCCUCAGCCUGCUGCAGAAGCAGCAGCACCUGCGGACGCCCCGGCAGCGGCAGACGGCGGCGGAGAGGCGGCGGCAGACGGCGGCACAGAGGCAGCGGCGAGCUCCUCGGAGCCUGCUGCUGCAGCUCCUGAGCAAGAAAAAGCAGAGGCCACAGCGACUGAUUCAGAACCCAAAACAGAGGAGGCACCAGCUCCCAGCGAGUGAAGUCCAACAUGAAUGACUGCACAGAUUAGUUUGUUGGAGGUGUCUUAACUUGUUUAUGCAUGAGUGAACGCAUGUGUAGGUGUGUGCGUGUGUGUGUGUGACAGACAUCGCCUCGUUGCCAAGUUGAAGACCCUGUGGUAACCACUUUCAUUCAGGGUUCCCUCAGUCAUCACUGUGCCUUCUUCCCCUCACGAUGGCGUAAGGCUGCAAUUUCUGCCCGCAAGCAGAAUUUAGACAGAAUCCCACUGCACUUAGCGGGUGUGUUCAUUUUCAGAGGAUGUCAGAAUAACUUGAAAUUUCUAUUUAUUAUCCAUAUAGCAAUUUAUAAUAGCAGAUUAUCUGAAACAUCAUAUCUGCCUUUAACUCAGAGUCCAUUCUGUAAGAAAACCAAAGCCAAAAUGUUAUUUGAUUUAUAAAAUUCUAUUCUUUUUGGGUAGCAGGCUUUGAUUUUUCGACCAUGUUUGUAAUAAAGAGCUGAUACUUUAGGACUGUCUAACUGAUUUUAAACAUUAAUAGAAGAGCACGAAUGAGAUAAGAGUACAUG